AUGCGAAUCAAUCCGCUGGUUGUGAUACUGGGAUGUACAGGAACGGGGAAAAGCGACUUGGGUAUUGCAAUUGCGAAACGCUUCAACGGAGAAGUGAUCUCGGCAGAUUCCAUGCAAAUUUACAAAGGUUUGGAUAUAGCAACAAAUAAAGUGACGCAGUCAGAAAUGGAUGGUAUACCGCAUCAUUUGAUGAGUUUCCUUGAUCCGCAGACAUCUUCUUAUAAUGUACAUCAAUUUCGAGAUAGCGCCAUCACCAUAAUGAAGCGGAUGUGGCGUGAAGGUAAACUGCCAAUAAUUGUUGGAGGAACGAGUUAUUAUAUUGAAUCGGUUUUGUAUGAAGAUAAUCUCAUUCCGACGAACACACCACAAGAUGAACGAGAACGUUUGAAUAAGAUGUCGAACGAUGAAAUUUAUGAAUUAUUGAAGAGUAUCGAUCCGAUUUCUGCACAACAGGUGCAUAAAAAUAACCGUUAUCGAGUGCAACGUGCCGUUGAAAUCUAUCAAAUGACCGGUAUCAAGAAGAGUGAUCAUUUGGCAAAUCAGCGUCUGAUGAAUCGUUAUGAAAUGGGUGGCAAAUUGAGGUUUGAGAAUGUGCAGUUGUUCUUUUUGGAUGCCGAUAAAGGAGUUCUUGAUGAACGAUUGGAUCAACGAGUCAAUAAAAUGAUUCAGAGAGGUUUACGAGCCGAAAUCGAACAGUUCUACGAUGAAGUGAGUUCCUAUUUGAUCACUUAUUUCCCAUUAUUUUGCGAUCUUUUGAGGUGUACGAAGUGGAAUUUUUGCACUUCGUCCAUUCUCUUUGCCUUUUUCAUAUCAAAAUUGGAUUUUCAAAUGGACACCAUAGACAGUGAAUGA